GUCAAAGAUAGUAGCUUUUGCCUGAAUGAAGAACGCAUGCGCUCGCAUUCGUGCACAUACACGUUUUCACUGGUUCUCGCUGGUCUCACGUGUUAUAAGGUACAAGAUUACCGUUUUAGUAUUAGGUGAUAUUAAGGAAAAAUAAUAUUGUUUCAUUCCGCCAUUAAAAGAAAGAAGAAAAGACACCAGCAAAAUUAAUUUGACUGUGCACAAAGUCACGUCGAAACAAAUAUCAUGAAAAUGCAAGCUGGUGAAUGAUGGAAAGCAUAAUGAAUUUAUGCCUAAGGUUGAUAUGAAAGACAUGAAAUCUUUAGAUGUAAUGUUUAUGAAACAAGCAGAAGAAAUAAAUUUACGAAGAUCGCUCAGAUAUCAAAAGAUUCGUAGGAGUAAUAUUAUAGGCGGUACUUCUUUAGCACUUGGUGUACUAGGAAUCUACUUUUAUUCUAUGUAUGCAGUAAAGCAGGAAACCUUCUUAGAUGAUUUUAAUGAACCUGAAACAGUAAUUGAACAGAAUAAUUAGCGACAUUUAUAAUAUUUAUGUUAUAUAUCCAUCAGAUAUAUAGGAAAAAAAUGAAACAUAUUGUUAAUGUAAAUGUAUUAUAGCUACACAAAUAUUAUAUAAUUAUAAAUAAAUCAUAAUCA